UUUUCUUUCCGGGUGACUGGCCGGUUUAAGAAAUUUAUUGAAUUGAAGUUUACUGGAGUUUUACAGAUAUUUAGAGAUCGGAUUGAAGUAAAUCAACAACAUGGCCAAUCGCCUACCAGCCUGUGUCAUUGACACGGGAACAGGGUAUACUAAGAUGGGAUAUGCAGGUAAUACAGAACCACAGUUUAUUAUACCAUCAGCUAUAGGUAUAAAAGAGACAGCUGGGGUUGGUGAUCAAGCUAUUAGAAGAUUAGGAAAAGGUGUAGAAGACUUAGAUUUCUAUAUUGGUGAUGAAGCUUUAAAUACACCUUCUUAUGCUGUUAAGUGGCCUAUUAGACAUGGUAUAAUAGAAGAUUGGGAUUUGAUGGAAAGAUUUUACGAACAAUGUAUUUUUAAGUAUUUACGCUCAGAACCAGAAGAUCAUUAUUUUUUACUGACAGAACCUCCAUUAAAUACACCAGAAAAUAGAGAAUAUACAGCCGAAAUCAUGUUUGAAUCAUUCAAUGUUCCAGGUUUAUACAUUGCUGUACAGGCUGUAUUAGCAUUAGCAGCAUCAUGGACAGCUCGACAAGCAGGGGAAAGAACUCUAACUGGUACAGUUAUUGAUUCUGGAGAUGGUGUUACCCACGUUAUUCCUGUUGCUGAAGGGUAUGUCAUUGGUAGUUGUAUAAAACACAUUCCUAUUGCUGGUAGAGAUAUCACCUACUUUAUACAACAGUUACUACGAGAACGAGAGGUGGGAAUUCCCCCUGAACAAUCUUUAGAAACGGCUAAAGCAAUUAAGGAAAAAUUUUCUUAUGUUUGUCCUGAUAUAGCAAAAGAAUUCACUAAAUAUGAUCAAGACCCAGGUAAAUGGAUUAAAAAGUAUGAAAACAAAAAUGCCAUAACUAAACAAUUAUUUUCAGUGGAUGUAGGAUAUGAGAGAUUUUUAGGCCCUGAAAUCUUUUUCCAUCCAGAGUUUUGUAAUCCUGACUUUACUACACCUAUAUCAGAAGUAGUAGAUGAUGUUAUACAGAACUGUCCUAUAGAUGUUAGAAGAGGUUUAUAUAAGAAUGUAGUAUUAUCUGGCGGAUCUACAAUGUUUCGAGAUUUUGGUAGAAAAAUGCAGCGAGAUAUAAAACGUAUUGUAGAUGGUAGAUUAAAAAUCAGUGAAGAAAUCAGUGGGGGUAGAAUCAAGCCUAAACCAAUAGAUGUUCAAGUUAUAUCACAUCAUAUGCAGAGAUAUGCUGUAUGGUUUGGAGGUAGCAUGUUGGCUUCAACUCCGGAAUUUUAUCAAGUUUGUCAUACGAAAGCAGAUUAUGAUGAACAUGGUCCAAGUAUAUGUCGUCAUAAUCCUGUAUUUGGUGCUAUGACGUAAUAAUGAUGGUUCACAACUAGAUAAUAUAGUAAUACAGAUAGUCUAUAAUACUAGAUAAUUGUCUUUCAUUCACUGGUCUUUAAUCUUUAAAACUCUUGCCUUUCUCAAGUUCAAAAUACAUGUACUUAUGUAAAGGUAUGACUUGGCAAGUGGAGACUGUAAUUAGCUACAUCUUAAAUGCAUAAAGGUUAUCAUCUUUUUCUAUCUUCUUUAUCACCUUCCACGUUCAGAAUGUGGAGGUAUUACAGACACAGCUUGUCAAGGUGGAAGGUGAUAAGAGAUAUUUGUUAUAUUAAGUUUGUUCAUGAGGGUAUCAAAGUAGUAUAACAGAAGGAGAAGGAGAGUUUUUAGAGUUAGAUACAAAGUUAGAAUAUUGCAAAAGAAAUAUCUUCUUGAUUCUAAAACCAAUUGAUUUCUAGUAUUAUAGACUUUCAUAUUAAAUAAUAUUUGCCUUCAGUAAAUAAAUUCAAUCCAUUUCUUUUGAAGUUAAUUUGACAUUAAACAAGGCUGUCUUCAAAUACAGAAAAAAAAAAAUUAUUUUUGAAAACCUUUCAAGUUGUUGAAAAAGGCUUUUGGGUGGAAACUUUGUUUUGAAUAUAUGGUUAAUGUAUUUAUUUUUGUGCCCAAAUUCACAUAACUGAUAAAGCCUCCACUAAUUUUAAACUGGAUUUGAAGCAGGACAAAAUGAGAAUUUUUUCAGGAUCAUGCUUAUACUUAUAUAUAAAACAACAUGAAGAAAUAUAUCUAAUAUUAAAUAAUGUCACUUGUUUUGUCCACAUUUUCAUUGAUUGUAU